AUGGAGAGGGCUGGAUCCUUGCUCAUGUCCCUGCACAGGGCAGCAGCACAGCCGCUUAUGUUGGAGAAAGGUCUCUGGAUGGAGGAAGGCUUUGCGGAGUGGAGUAGUAGGAUACAGGCCAAUAACUAUAGGCUAAUUUUUCUCCCAGAUGACUCUGCCGUGAAGCUUGCCACCUCUAACUUAGACCUGGAAGUCAAGAAGCCUACCCCUCCCAAACUGUUAUGGCAUCAGCCUGUGAACAUUUUCUUGGCCCGGCCCGUUGGCGUGGAGGAGCUGCACCACGAGGCCGAACUCAAUCUCCAAAGUUUGCUUCAAGAAGAGUAUGAGGAACCUUAUUCAGAAGGCAGGAGCAGUGGCCAAACCUUCCGCUAUGCCAGCCCCCUUUCUGUGGACAGGCCUCUCGACUGCAGCCCCCGGCCCCCACACUCCAAACGCCUGGAGUUCGUGUUUAUGCCUUCAAACCAGCAAGUAAAGGAGAGUGAGACAACCACGCUAGGAGUGAGAGCACCGGAGCCUUCGUUCAGUCUGCCUGCAACCCCGGACAAGCACACAGCCUGGGCUCGAGCUGGCCCUCUGCCUUCCCUGGAGGAGAAGAAGUUGCACCAGUCCUGUCCAACUCAAGCAAACAUUGUCCCCAUCAACGUCUCUGGGCAGCCAUUUGCUAGGCACGCCAGUACGCGCCACUCCCUCUUUAACACAGAGACGGCCAUGAAUCCCAAGUCCUUGCUGCGCCGGAGACGGACGGUUAUCGGCUUCCCUCACCUCUCUCUGCGGGACCCAGGAAACAGCAAUGGCCCCAUCCAUAACCCUCCUGCAACUAUAGUGGAAUCCGUCUCUUGUAACUUUGUCCCUGAUGUGGCCAAUGGAAGGAGCUCGAUCCAUCAGGUUCGGUCUCCACAGCCUCGGCCCCAGCUGAGAAAGACGUUUAGCGAUCUGGGAGGAGUUCUACAGGGAAGGUGUUGCCAGGUGCCACCUGGGCACUCAGCAAAGCAGGGGAUGAUGUAUGCCAGUCCAUCUUGCAAUGGUCCCAAGGAGGACUCCGCUUUCUCUCCUGCUUGGAGUGCAGCAUCUUUUGGCUAUGUGAGCCCUUCGAUGAGCCACAGUGAGCUAACAGGGGAGGCCACCAUCCCCUCGUCUCCCUGUGGCCCAGAGACAACUCUCGACCCAGACCAGCCCACCUCCUUCUUCAUCUGCAAAGACAAUGUAGUUGGAAACAAUGGCUCAGGGUCCUUCUGUGCUUCUCCUGAGUCCCUGGUGGAUGCUGACGGUGGCUUGAGGUGUGAGGCAAGAGAAAUCAAGGUCUCUUUGGUCCCCAGUCCCGGUGAAGAGGAGUGCCCACGAGUGGAGAGGGAAAGAAUUUCAUGCAAAUUCCGGGAGAGGUCACUCUCCGUCCCCACGGACACAGCCUCCCUGUGCUCUGUGGACAUUGGGGGCAGUGAAACCUGUGGCCUGAGCUAUCCCAGUGCCAGCUCUGAGGGCAGCACAAGCACGGACAAUGUAUCAAUGGCAGUGGAGCAGGAUGCCCAGGCGCGACAACGGCGGCAGCGCAUCAAGAGCAUCUCUCUCAAGAAGGCCAAGAAGAAGCCCUGCCCACCAACCCGCAGCGUAUCUUUGAUCAAGGACGGGCAAGCGACUAAAGGAGGAUCCACCCGCGAAACGACAGCCCAGGACCAGAGACCCAAAAGUCUCUGUCUGCUGUCAGAGGUACAAGUCCAAGAGGAUAUAAGUGGAGAGGUGGAGAAUGUGCCAUACACCCCACAAUGGUAUUUGCCAGAAUGGAAUUUGAGUGACCCAUAUUGCUCCUUGUCUGGUUCCAGUACUGCUACUGGAACCACUGUGAUCAAUCUCUCCAAGGCCCGUGGCAGCUCAGAAUCUCUUCCUUCCCCCUCCAUCUCCCGGGCCACAACACCCUCCCAACUCUCCACUGAGGUGAAUUUGAAAAUCUGUUCCCCGGGGAGGCUCACAGGGGUGAUGUCCCCUUCCAGUGGCUACUCCAGUCAGUCGGAAACUCCAACUCCAACCAUCACAACAUCUACGGUUCUAGGACAUGCCCCUCACCAGACUGGGCGGACCAGGCCUCUCGUGCCUGAGAGGAAGUCAUCACUGCCCCCCGUCUCUCCCAUGGAGCCAUGUUCCAAGUCACGGAUGUCAUUUGACCUUCCGUUUGCCCCGCCAACCCACCUGGAUCUCUCUGGGUUGAAGAUCUCACUGAAAGGCAAAGCCAAGGUGAGCCGACACCACUCGGACUCCACAUUUGGCCACAAGCUUGGCCCAAAGCUGAGCCCGGUGCAACCAGUCAUGCCCAUGGUGACACAGCUGGACCUGCGGUCUGUCCGCCUGCGUUCUAUCAGCCGCUCAGAGACUGAGGAUAACCUGGACAUCCCCGAGCUUGUUGAGGAACCUGGCAAGAAAAUCCGGCCCCCAGUUGCAGAGAAACCUCCACUUUCCAGGAGGCCACCGAUGCUCUUGCACAAAACUCCACCGGUUCAGGAGGAGUCCCCUGUGAGCUCCCCAACUUCUCCACUGACACCCCAGGGUAGGAACCCCACAGAGAACAUUUACGUGGUGGCCAGGAAGCCUGAGCACCAGUGGGAUGCAGAUCCUUGGAGCCCUAUGGAGUCGCCCUCUCCUGUGGCAGCACUGUCCCCCACACAGGGCUCUCCAGGAACAUUUUUCACUGCUGUGCAGCGGCUUUCCCAGGAGAGCUUGGAGGAGGAUGAGCAGCUGAAGUCAAAGCUGCUUGCAGAGAGAACACCUGGGGGGGAAAAUCGAAAAACCAAAGUCCCACCCCCUGUCCCCAAGAAACCCAGUGUCCUCUACCUGCCCUUGGUGCCCUCCCCGCUCCAUCAGGGUACCUCUCCUGGGGAUCCAAGGCUGGCCAUCAGUCCCGUCAUUAUGCUGGACGAGAACUCUGCAUACUCCGAGCUGUCCGCUUGCAAGCCACCAUCUCCUGUGUCCAGCGAAUCUAACAUGAGCCCAACUGCUGCAGAAGUGUCUUGGGGAGAGGUUUCAGGGAACUUUGUGGACUUGAGAGCGGAAGAUAAAGGCUUCGUAAGUGACAAAACAGCCGAAUCGAUAACUGAGGAGGAGGAUGAUGUGUUUGUGACUUCCAGGACCACCGAGGAUUUAUUUACCGUAAUUCACAGAUCCAAACGGAAGCUCCUGGGCUGGAAGGAACCCAGCGACACCUUUGGGAACCGGAAUUCUCAAGCACCCUCAAAGAAUGCGUUGGGGGCAUUGAGCAAUGAUUGCCCUCCGACGGGAAGCACAAGAACCUCCAGCAGGAACGAAGACUUUAAGGCCCUUCUCCAGAAGAAAGGGGGCAAAGGAGCCUCCAGCAUCCGCACGUCCGCCGCUGAACUUCUCAAGACCACCAACCCAUUGGCUCGAAGGGUCAUGACUGAGUUUGCAGUGGAUGGGACGAUUCCAGGCCCCAAGGCCUCACCCUGAUUGCAUUUGAGAAAGCCCCACCUCUUUGCACUCUGCCCGACCCUAUCCCCAGGGCGAUUCGCUUGUCUGACUGUCAGGGUGAGCCUGCUCCGGUUGGGGUUUUCGGCUUCUGUCUUGAUUUAUUGGCAGUGGCAGAACUCUUGGGUGUUUUACUGGGAGACUUCUGAUUUCAAGAUAAGUGUCUUAAAUAUAGAGCACAUCCAUCUCUUAGGAAAUCAGCCCCACAUCUUUCUUCUUAGGAGAAGAAAGGCUGUAUUCCUUUGCCAGGUUGGACUCAGAGGGCCUACGUGGAUGUUCCUAGACAGGGCUAUCAUGGGUUGGUGCAAACCUUCAGCCUAGCACC